AUAUUAACAGUACUAAUUCAAUACAAAUUGUCUCAUUGGAGCAUGUAUCAUCAUUGCUAUGGUGAAAGGUGUCCUAUCUUAAGUUAGGCACUCAUUGACUAGUAAGUUGGGUUCACUGUAUUCUCUAUUCUGGUACUGUAGAGCUGGAGAGGAUAGCUUUGCGUGUCACGUAAGGAGGGACAAUCCAGUACUGGACAUGGAAUAACUUGAGAAGUCAACAUAACAUGACAAGCUGCUUAUUAACUGUGAAUGAUUGAAUUUGUAUAUAUAGGUGGCAUUGGAUUCCCAGACAGCUCUAUGAUGGCAUUUCAAUAUUUCAAACAAAGAUAUGAUUAGUGAAUAAGUGAAUCAGUUAUAAAUGCAAUUCUGCAGCACUUCAGAUCUUCCCAUGCAAAAGAGAAUCACAAUUAAGCCAAAGAUGAAGAGGAAACAAGUAUCCCUUGUUUUUGCAAUACUUCUGCUUAUCGCUACUCUUCCAAGUCAUUCCACUGCCUCUGUGGCUAUAGAUGCAGCGUCUGCAGAGCUUGAUCUGGAAACUGCACCAGCAAGAAAGAGUUUGGUGGCCACAAAACACAUGUUAGCUACUCGGCUCAAUUCCAGGAAGCUGGUUGCCGUUAAGAAUGUUCACAAAGUUCCAUCAGGGCCAAACCCCAUCGGAAAUCGGCAAUUACCACCAUUUACCCACUCAUGAAUGAGAGGCCGGCCGGGGACACUUGCCAUGGAUAUCAUGCUAAGCAAGCAGAAGUAAAAAUGGUUUUGACGAAUUUUUGGGACUAUAUCAGUCAGAUUAGUUUCUGGGAUUAGGGUUAAUGAUCAUUUGCUUUGCACUAGUUUUCAACCUAUUUUAUAACAUAAUUGCAGCAGUAAUGCAUGCUAUUGGGGCUAGCUUUUCAUUUUUAUGUUUUGAUAUUAUGUAGACCUGCACAGUCUAUUGCAUU